CCAGGUGGCUUUAAACACCAAAAAAGAGAAGAGGGCCUGCUUUAAGUUUGCCUCACAGUGACCUGGUCCCAACACGGAGAACAAUUUACGUACAAGUUGGACUUUUAAAGGAACAUACGGAGGAUGUGUUUUUAAAGAGUGUCUCAGCGGCUGCGAGUUCCCGAGCUACAGGCACAGAUUGAACAUGCUGCAGGUUGUAUGAGUGACAGAUAUGGGAUCAGCAGGAUCAUAUAUGCAGACUUUCACUCUGGUGGCCAUUUCUUGUCUGUUUUUAUCCAGUGAAGGUGGAAGCCUGGAGGUGCUAGGGAAGGCAGGAGGUGUGGUGGAGUUGGAGUGCAGUUUUCCCCCGUCAGGUCCAGCUGCUCUGUCCUUGGCAUCCCUGCAUGUGGUGGAAUGGGUUCGACAGGGACUGGACAUCCCUGUUCUGAUGAAAUUUGGAUCGCACAUGCCUCGGGUCCAUCCACAAUAUGAGGGGCGAGUGUCUCUGCUGAGAAUCACCGCCCUGAGGCUGGAGGGCCUGCAGCUGGAUGACCAGGGCCUGUACGAGUGUCGAAUCCUCUUACUGGAUGAACCCACAGAUGAGCUGCAGAAUGGCACCUGGACUCUGCUGUCUGUAACCGCUCCACCCACCUUCACUGAAGCCCCGCCUCCCGUGGUGGAGACCCUGGUUGGCAAUCAGCUCUCUCUUGCCUGUGCUGCUAAAGGAAACCCUACUCCAAACAUCACCUGGAUGAAAGAUGGCAGUGUGAUUCAGAGCGCAAAGUACCAGGAUGGAGCGUUAUCUCUGCAAGCAGUGAGCAUGCAGUCAGCAGGACAGUAUGCCUGCCACGCCUCCAACUCCGAGGGAAACGUGACUUGCGUGACGAGAGUGAAGAUCAAAGGUCCGCCUGUCAUUAUCAUCCCUCCCAAAAGCACCUCUCUCAACAUGUCCCAGAAUGCACUUCUGCGGUGCCAGGCGGUGGCGGACCCUCCCAACAUGACCUACGUGUGGCUGAAAGGGGGCGAAAACGUCUAUCACAUCGACUCCCUGAAGUCCCGAGUAAAGAUCAUGGUGGAUGGAACUUUACUCAUCUCCAGUCUCAUCCCAGAGGAUUCUGGGAACUACACCUGCAUGCCCACCAAUGGCCUUCUGACCCCGCCCACUGCCUCUGCCAUCCUCACAGUGAUGCACCCAGCCCAGGCUCUCCAAAUGCCCCAGAGAACCUACCUUCCCACUGGAAUGGAUGGUGUAGUCCCCUGCCCAGCAGCAGCUCAGCCUCCACUUCUACAUGUAGAUUGGACCAAAGAUGGAGGACCUCUUGACCUGUCUCUGUAUCCAGGAUGGACCUUGACACCAGAGGGCUCUUUGUUCAUGGCAACGGUCAAUGACGAUACAGCAGGCGUGUACACAUGUACUCCAUAUAACAGCUAUGGCAGCAUGGGAUCAUCUGGGGAAACGACUGUAAUUCUUCAGGACCCCCCAUCCUUCAGCGCCACCCCAGAGAAGCAGUACCAGCAGGAAGCUGGAAGGACCCUGCUCAUCCCCUGUCAAGGGAAUGAUGACCCGACUAUAAAAGUGACCUGGGGCAAGGUGGACUUGGCUCGUCAGAUUUCCUAUUCCAAAGAAUCCAAUGGCUCUCUGCUUCUGCAGCCACUCACAAAGGACCACCAGGGCUGGUGGGAGUGCAGCGUUGCUAACCGUGUAGCCUCAGUGAAAGUCAGCACCCAGGUCUUUGUCUUGGGAACGAGUCCCCAUGCAGCUACCUCUCUGUCAGUCUCUCCAGGGGUGAAGCAGGCCAACAUAUCCUGGGAGGCAGGCUUUGAUGGAGGAUCAGCACAGACAUUUUCAGUUUGGGUGAAAAAGAUUUCAGGACACGAUAAUGACGGGAAGCUGGAAUGGUUUUCUGUGCCGGUUCCCCCCUCCUCUGGAACCAGACUGCAGGUGACAGGCCUGUCUCCUGCCACCGACUACCAGUUCAGCAUCCUGUCUCAAAACAAAAUAGGCUCAGGACCCUUCAGUGAUAUUGUCACUGCGAGGACAUCGGAUCCUCCGCUCAGGAGAAGUAAACUAAAGCCCCCUGUGUCGCUCUCAGCUGAUCAGGGCUCAGCAGGUGUUAUUCUGCAAUGGUCCCCUCCCGAAGCUCAGCAUCCUCCUAUCACAGGCUUUGUUCUUCAGUCCCGCACCGAACAAGGGGAGUGGUUUAAUUUAGAUGAGGACAUCAGUGCCAACAGUAGUGAGAUAGUCGUUCCAGGUCUGCACAAGGACUGUGUGUACGAGCUGCGGCUGCUAUCUCGACGCGGGGAGUUGCUGAGCGAGCCCAGUCCAUCAGUCAAUGUCUCCACCGUGGGGAUGGAGAUCUACCCCGCCACAUCUCGUCUCCUGGAGUUCGUCCCUGAGCCAUUAUUAGCUGGCGUGCUGGGCGGACUUGGGUUCAUGUGUUUGGCACUGGUCCUGCUGCUCGGGUCUGCCUGUAUCAUCAGCUACAAGAGAGACCAGCGCCGCAGAAAGAAGAAGGAUGAGCCCCCUCCUGCCAUCUAUAAACGCUCCCCAUCAAUUAAGACUUCAGGCACCGGCAGUCCAGACAGUGUGUUGAAGAAAAGCCUACUUCGAGCCAGCAUCCUCUAUCCCACCACUUCCUCUACCACCACCUCCUCCUCCUCGCAGACAGACUGUUCCUCUCUGAGCGCUGAGAAUCAUCACCGGCGGAAGCAUCCUCCGUCCAACUACAGCAGGGGUCGCCUUAUGAGGACGACUUCUUAUCCUUCUCCUUCAAUAGAGUUGAUUUCAAGAGGUCCUGAUGGGCGAUUUUCACUCCCACAAUAUGACACGUUGAGUGUCAGCAGCAAGAAAAAUGUAAGAUAUGGCCAACCAGCAAGAGUUCGGAGAUCUGUGUCACUGCACUCUGAGAGGGAAGACAGGAAAGCGCCUCCAUUUGUACUCUCUGUUGAUCUCCCGCCUUGCAAACCAGUAGAGUCCAAUUCAACAAGCCAAAUCUGUGGCAUGGCGCAGUCUUUUUCCCAUCAUGGGCCUUAUAUUUUGGAUCAGAAGUCAAGCUAUGAUGGCUUCCCUGACCUCAGCAGCAUGUGCUCCAACAGUAGCUUGGCUACCGUUCCUCGUCAAGACAGAGAAUUCACUCCAACAUUUCCAGUGCUUCCACAUAUCCGAUCUAGCCUCGGUCAGCCAUCUACGACCGCCAGCGCUCUUGUGCUCCAAAUGGAGCACGAGCGGGAGAGAGGAAACCUUAGUCACUGCCUGAAACUGGCUCAGGAGAGGGAGAAUCUGGAGAGGGAGCUCCGGAAGUACACGUUAGAGAGGAGCUCUUUGAGAGAAUUCAGGAGGGAGCAAUUAGACUUGGAGGGGAGAGAGGCUGAUGCUUAUGAUCAUGUGUGGAAAUAUAAGAGCAGCACAUUGCCUCACAGAUUACCUGAAGGUAGAAAGGAGAGCUUUGGUUUGUCACAGAGUCCUAUCUCUUCAUCAUCUGUGCACUGGGAUCCCCGUCCUCUUGUCUCUCCUUCCACUGUGAUCCCUACUCAAACCCAUUUCAAUAAGUCUUCACCUCCCAGUUCCUCUUGUUUUCAGGCUAACAACCAUUAUCCUGCCCCACCGUUCACCCAACAGACCGCCCUCCGAUCUGAAGACGCAGGCAGCCUUCCCAAAGACCAAUUAACACUCCCACAUCUGUCCUCAAAGCACCAGGGACAUGAAAGGGUACAGGCAGCACCAGAGGGCUAUGAUAAUUCACCACAAUCCACGCAAUUAGAAAUGCAAACAUAUGAUUCAUUUUCUGAGGCACAGACACAGAACAAUCUCAGUCGUGGCAGCCUCUCAAUGUUGUCUUUCCAUAGCAAUAAUUACACAGGAAGAUUUAAUUUGAAUCUGGAUGCAGUGCCAGACUACUCAGAUGUGGAGGUAGUUUUCCAAGAGCCCUCUCAUGAACACGUGUGCAUUGAGAUGAGUGUGGAUGAGCCGGAGUUGGAUGUAUGUAUAAUGAAACCUGCAAAGCCAAUGCUGCACCACAGAAUCGCCUCUCAUGUGCAACACGGGCGCUCGCUUUCUCCAAGAGGCAGAUUUGAGGACGUGAGUCGGAAUUCAAGCUUCAAAUGCCGCAGUCCUGCUCCCGUUUUUACCCCUGCUUCACCCCCAGAACUGUGGAAAGAUGUGACCCCAGGCCCUAAAAUCUGCGACUCCAAGAGGCGGAGUCACAGCCUUGACUCAAGGAGAAGGAAAGACAGCAAUUUCUUGACCCCCGAUGCAUGGAUAGACUCUCUCAGUCAGGAGAACUGCUCUGCUAUUUCUUCCUCUCGUCCACACUCUCUAUUAUUGGAACCAUUGAGCUCUCCAGCCAGGAAGAUCUCCAAAUCUCCUGCAAGUUUUCCUUCUGCUACCCAAGCUGCCUCCGGUUUACCCCCCGCUGUCGAUGUUUUAUCUCCGAGGCCCCGAUCAAAUCUCGAAGUGCCUUGUCACUAUGAGCCAAGACGAGAGGCGUCCAUCUUGACCGAAGCUGCCAAAUGGACAGCCCCCUACCAGGAGACCACCAAACAGGCUGAAGGUUCCUUGGAGGCCUUGAGGGAAGCUUCCACUCGCCAUCCGUCGGACAACAAUGACAACGAGGCACUUGAACUCGAAGCAGGAGGCUACGAUGGAGUGCCAGAGUCAGGGAGCAGCUACAGCAGUUAUGCCAGCAGCGGUCGAGGAAGUAUGGAGCCAGCUAAUGGACGUUUAUCCCUGUGUCAACUUUCUCCAACUCUCACCAGCUCACCUGAGACUGUAGAGGAGAGCCAGGGGAGCACAGAGGACAAACACAGUCUGCAUAUGGAACAAAGCCAACGGAGAAAGGCCUCAGUUGAUGAGAAUUAUGAGUGGGAUGCUGCUGAUUUCAGCUCACAGCCUGGAGACCAUGAUGGCUUGCUUCCUUCAUUGAAUCUUCUGAAACCUUGUCGGUCCUACAGCCUUCCAAGCAUGCAAUGCUCCACUAAGGCACUGAAAAAUUACACUCGGCUCUCUUUGCUCCCAGGGCAUCAAAGCAGCUGCUCUGCUGAGCCAGAACCAGACACCGUGCUGUUCUGACAGCACCCGCCUUUGGCUCAACUCACCUAGUGUGUCCUUUUACUUAUUGACUCGCAUCACAAGGCGACAAAAAGUGCAUGUGGCAAAAAAGUAGAGUUUUUGUCUGAUCAAUCUUUUUCAAAUCUAACAAAAGGCCAAAUAGCUUUUUUUUGAAGGGUAUGCUUCUUUGUGUCUUUGUUAAACAUCAUUUGAAAUAUUUUCUUUUCAACUAGACAAGUCUCACUUUAAGAACAUGAGACACAUCAUCACCUUUACCCCUGUGCAGAGCUUCAAAAGUCUGUUUUUCUUUUUGUCCGAUCACUAUCUCACUCUUGACUUUUUUUUUCUUCUUCAGUUGGACAAUCUGUCGAUAUCAAAGCAUUUCACUGUCCUGAUGGUUUUACCACACUCUCUGUGUGUACUUUGCAAAGCAUUCAUCAUCCAGGGAUGACUCACUGGCCACACAAGGGACAAAGCGAUCCCAGUCAUCAUGAAGUGACUGCAUUAAGCUGGGGACGAUGAAGUUUUUAGAUAUCAUCAAUCACCCUCUGGUUCAACAAAAGGGGUGUUUAUGAAAUGUCAAUAUAAGGAAGAUAAAUAGAAAAUCCUGCCUCACUGAUUCUGUUCUGCUUUGGUUGAACACUGUUUUUAAAAGUGAUAUUUCCCAACAGAGGUCAUUACCUUAUUUUUUACCCUUAAAAUACUUUGAAUUUUUGAAUCUAAAAACCCUUCCAUUAGGAUAAAAGCCUUCGUUUUCUCUCCAGGCUGUCUCAUUGUUCAGCAAUGCAAAAUCUGUAAUUAGUCUGGUAAUUGACUGGGGUCAAGUCAGCUUGUAUAGUGUGUCCUUGUUUAUUUUUUUUUAUAGAAACAAAGAAAGAUUGGCUUUUAGUUUGACUUUAAUUUACCAUGAGCCGGUUCACUGAAUGAUGACUGCGUCUUCCUUCCAGCAACACCUGCUUUAUUCACACACACUUAUUCACACUGAUGCUCUGGAGCCAACGUUGGUGUUGAUUAGUGGUACCAGAUGAGUGUUUAAAUGCUUUGCUUGAGGGUAUGUCAUCAGCAGAGAGUGAAGGCAUCCGUACAGGGCGGGGGGAAAAUCCAACUCAUUUGUCGAACUACAAUCUAAUAUAGUUGUGCUGCAGUAGUUUUAUAGCAUGCUGGAGUCCAAAUAAGACUUAAAAAGUGUAAUUUAAC